ACAGAAGCACCGACCAGAACGGCACAAUCUAAACCAAAUCGAAGGGUCAGUUACAUUCGAACGGUCACUUCACAUAAUAGUCACGUUGCUUGAACCUCAAGCACAGUCCUUUUAGGGGGGAAUCAGGCCGCUACUUAAUAAGCGCCUCCGUCGCCGCUCCUGGUCGUCGUCUUCCCUUCUUCUGCCUUCUUGCUUCUCUGUUUUACCGGCUUCCCGCCAUGGAUGAUGAAGAAAGGUGGAGCUCUAAUGAGGGAGUGAAGAAGGAUCCCAGAACCAUCGCGAGGAAGUACCAGUUGGAUCUCUGUAAAAAGGCAAUGGAGGAGAAUGUGAUAAUCUAUCUGGGGACUGGGUGUGGGAAGACGCAUAUCGCCGUACUCCUCAUGUAUGAGCUCGGCCAUCUCAUAAGGAAACCAAGCAGCAAUAUAUGCGUCUUCCUGGCGCCCACCGUGCCUCUUGUUCGCCAGCAAGCCAUGGUCAUAGAGAAUUCAACUGAUUUUAAAGUUCAGAACUAUGUUGGGAAACGCAAGCAUUUGAAGGAUCACAAUGAGUGGAACAAGGAAAUUGAGCAAAUAGAGGUUCUCGUCAUGACCCCUCAAAUUCUACUUCACAAUUUGAGGCAUUGUUUUAUCCGGAUGGAAUUAAUUGCUCUUUUGAUCUUCGAUGAAUGCCAUCAUGCACAAGCACAUACAAGGCAUCCUUAUGCACAGAUCAUGAAGGAGUUCUAUGAAACUAACUCUACUAAGCGUCCUCGGAUAUUUGGCAUGACAGCAUCUCCUAUCAUUGGCAAAGGGCGCUCCAAUCAGUUGAAUUAUACCAAAUGUAUCAAUAGUCUUGAAAAUUUACUUGAUGCGAAGGUGCAUUCAGUUGAUGACAAUCUUGAACUUGAAAGUGUUAUUGCAUCCCCAGAUAUAAAAAUCUACUUUUAUGGUCCAGUUGUUCAUUCUGAAUCAACUCUUAUCUCAAUUUAUUGCAAAAAACUAGAUGUAUUAAAACAUCAGUGUACGAGCUUGUUAAGGGAAAACAUUAGUGAUUCUACUGAGAGAAGAAAAAAGAUGAAGUUGCUUUGGCGAAUGCAUGAUAAUUUGAUUUUCUGUUUGAAGAAUAUCGGGCUUUAUGGAGCCAUACAAGCUUUGAAGAUUCUUUCAAAUUCUGAGGAAUCUAAGCUUCCUCAAAGCAAUAGAGAUGAAAGUGGAAAUCAUGACAACCUUACAGAUCAAUAUUUGGGAAAGGCUGCAUCGAUUAUAGAUUUUAGCAUAUGUGAUGAUGAAUCUUCUUCAGAUUCGCUUUCUUUGGAUGCAUUUGAAGAACCAUUUUGUUCACAAAAAUUGACAUUGCUAAUCGGUAUCCUUUCCACCUACAGGUUGAAGGAGAAUUCUAAAUGCAUAAUAUUUGUGAAAAGAAUCAUUGUUGCAAGAGCACUUGCAUGUAUUCUUAAAAGCUUGAAGUCUCUAGAAUUUUGGAAAUGUGAUUUCCUCGUGGGCUUUCAUUCUGGAUUGAGGAACAUGUCACGGAGUAAGAUGAAUGCCAUUGUUGAAAAAUUCUCCACAGGAAAGGUUAAUCUUUUGGUUGCUACUAAUGUUGCUGAAGAAGGUCUCGAUAUUAAAACCUGUUGCCUAGUAGUUAGGUUUGACCUACCGCAAACUGUUGCUAGUUUUAUACAGUCUCGAGGUCGUGCACGCAUGCAGAAAUCUGAGUUCAUCUUUCUUUUGGAAAGGGAAAACACACAAGAUGAGAAGUUACUUGAUGAUUUUAUGUCUGGAGAGCAUGUUAUGAACAAAGAAAUUGUUUGUAGGUCAUCUGAUGCGGCCUUUGAUUAUUUAGAUGAGGCAAUUUAUAAAGUUGAUCACACUGGAGCAUCUAUAAGUACAGCAUGUAGCGUUUCACUUCUUCAUUGCUACUGUGCAAAACUUCCUCAAGACAAAUACUUUACUCCUACCCCAAAGUUCUUUUUCAUAGAUGACAAAGAUGGGACGAUCUGCAGAUUAAUACUUCCUCCCAAUGCUCCGCUUCGUCAGGUUGACAGUUUACCAUGUGCUUCAAAAGAUGAAGCCAAGAGAGCCGUAUGUUUGAACGCCUGCAUAGAAUUACAUAAAAGGGGUGCCUUGUCAGACUUUCUUCUGCCUGGAUUCAGUAAUACAAAGAACAAGGAAUCAUCAACACCCUCUUCUGAGAGUGAAUACAGUGAAGAUGAAAACCUGAGAGAAGAACUUUAUGAGAUGCUAGUUCCUACUGUUCUUAAAGGACCAUUGCCAUAUUUUGAAGAGAAGAUAAAGCUAUACUUUUAUUAUAUAAGAUUUAUUCCUGCACCAGAUGAUAGGAAGUAUCAUGCUUUCGGACUUUUGCUCAAAGCUCCUCUUCCAAAAGAAGCUGAAGCAAUGGAAGUUGAUUUGCAUCUUGCUCGAGGAAGAAUUGUUAAGUCAGGCUUUGUGAAUUGUGGAAUAGUUACAUUUGGAAAGGAAGAGAUUUCUCUAGCUCAAAAUUUCCAGGAAAUGUUUCUUAAAAUAAUUCUUGAUAGAUCUGAAUAUUUUAAUGACACUGUUGCUCUGGGUGAGGUCAAUGCAUCUCUUUCAUCGACGUUUUACCUAUUACUUCCUGUCAGGGAGAAAAGGUAUGGAGAAAAUAGAACUAUAGACUGGGUAACUGUGAAGCGUUGUCUAUCAUCACCAGCUUUUGAGCAACAUGCUUCCUAUGAAAGAGGUCUCAUGGGAAGAAACACUUUGAAUCUUUUCAAUUGUCAAGAAAAUGUUUCUGACAUUUUAAACAGUUUAAUUUUCGUUCCCCACAAUCAACUCUUCUAUUUUGUUGACUGCCUCCUUCCUGAAACCAAUGCUUACAGCCGAAAGGGCUCUGGGGAUACAAGCUACAGAGAACACUUCAAGUCCAAGUUUGGAGUUCAACUUGCAUUCCCUGAACAACCACUUUUGAAGGCCAAACCAUUAUUUUUUCUGCGCAACUUGUUACACAAUCGAAUUCAAGAGAUUACAGCAGAAGCUCGUGAAUUGGAGGAAUAUUUUGUGGAGCUGCCUCCUGAGUUGUGUAUAUUGAAGAUAGUUGGGUUUUCUAAAGAUAUAGGAAGCUCUUUGUCUUUGUUGCCUUCUUUAAUGCAUCGACUAGAGAAUUUGCUUGUUGCUAUUCAGCUAAAGGAAGUGUUAUCUGCAUCUUUCUCGGAGGCUUCUCGAAUUAGAGCUGAUAUUAUCUUAGAAGCACUCACUACAGAGAGAUGCAUGGAACGCUUUUCUCUAGAAAGGUUUGAGGUGCUUGGGGAUGCAUUCUUAAAAUAUGUUGUUGGUCGGCACAGUUUUCUUUCCUUUGAUGGACUGGAUGAAGGACAGCUAACCAAAAUGCGUUCCAGCCUUGUGAAUAAUUCACAUCUUUGUGAGCUGGCAAUUAGAAGCAACUUACAGGUGUAUAUACGUGAUGAAUCAUUUGAGCCAUCUCAAUACUUCCCAUUUGGGCGUCCCUGUACUAAAAUUUGCAAUGUGGAUACAGAAUCAACUGUGCAUUCUCGUAACGUGGAAGAUGGAACAGAUUUUAUCGACGUGAAAUGUACUAAAUCUCAUCGUUGGCUGUACAGGAAAACUAUUGCAGAUGCCGUGGAAGCCCUUGUUGGAGCAUUUCUUGUUGAAAGUGGAUUCAGAGCUGCAAUUGCAUUUCUUCAAUUGAUUGGCAUUCAAGGUGAUUUUAAUGUUCCAGAUGUUUACAGAGUUCUGGAAGGGAGCAAGAUCAACAUGUCACUUAAUGAAAUUGUAAAUAUCAAAGCACUAGAGGAAUCUUUAGAUUACACAUUUAAGCACAGAGGCCUUCUUCUUCAAGCUUUUAUUCACCCUUCAUAUAGUAAACACUCUGGUGGGUGCUACCAGAAGCUGGAAUUUCUUGGAGAUGCUGUUUUGGAAUACCUGAUGACGUCAUAUAUUUAUUCAGUUUAUCCAGACCUGAAACCAGGUCAGAUAACUGAUUUGAGAUCCAUCGCUGUUAACAACAAUUCUUUUGCAUUUAUAGCAGUGAAGUGGGGUUUCCAAAGGUACCUUAUUAAGGAUUCUAAGAGUCUAACUGAUGCAGUAGCUAAGUUUGAAAAACUUGUUCGUGUAUCUAACCUACAAAAGGUUUUGCAAGAUGAAUCAAAUUGCCCGAAGGUACUCGGUGACCUUGUUGAAUCAUAUAUUGGUGCUAUGCUUCUUGACACAGGAUUCAACUUGAGAGAAGUUUGGAAAGUAAUGGUGAGGCUGUUAGAACCUAUAUUGAGGUUUAAUUGCCUCAGCAUUAAUCCUGUCAGGGAACUUCGAGAGCUUUGUCAACACAAAAAUUUUGACCUGAGACUGCCACCUCCAGUAAAAGAAGUAGGAGGAUUAUACUUGGUCAAAGUAGAAAUUGAUAUUGGAGAUGAGCACUUAACCAGCACUGCAAUCAAUCACAACUCCAAAGCUGGCAGAAGGGUGGCUGCUCAAACAGCACUUGCUAAGCUGAAGGAUCUUGGUUAUAAGCACAAACACAAGUCACUAGAAGAAAUUUUGAGGUCAACUCAUAAAAAGGAGCCAGAACUGAUAGGAUUCAAUGAAGAUCCCUUAGAAAUAAGGAAUUCAGAUGGUGAUACGAUUUCACUGGAGAAAUUAGUUGUCCAGGAGACCCAAAAUGCAGCAGCUUUGUCGCUGGACAACAAGAGUGCUCUUGAGGAGCAACCCUCUCUUUUAGCUACAAUGCUUCUAGCAAAGAUUGAUGGAACUCGUAGUCAGAACAUAAGCCAGAAUGAAAAAGAUUUUAUGCAAUAUGUUGGCAGUAAAAGAGCAACAGAAAGUGAUGAUCAGGGGAGUCGUGAUGAUAUUGAAAGUAAAAAAUCAGCCAAGUCACGGUUAUUAGAAAUCUGUGCUGCAAAUUAUUGGAGCCCCCCUUUGUUCAAAUGCUGCAAAGAGGAAGGACCAUGCCACUUAAAAGAGUUUACAUUCAAGGUUACCAUUCAAAUCGAGGGAGUCACUUCUACAGUUCUGGAGUGUUUCAGUGAAUCAAUGCCACGGAAGAAAGCUGCAGAAGGGCAAGCUGCUGAAGGAGCCUUAUGGUAUCUUGAGCAGCUAGGAUAUAUUCCAAAAUCCUGAUGGAAUUGGUACCCCUCUCAAAUUUUCAUCUUUCUUUAUAUUUAACCUUGAAGAAGAGCCUGGUAAAACUACUUCGGACUACACUUAACUCUCUCUCUUAAAUCCAAGCUUUGUUUCAUUACAUCAUAAAGUUGAUUUUGUUUGCCAUUUUCUCUAUUUAUUCAUCUGGUUUAUCUUCAUUACAUUCUAGCUCGAAAUCUGCUGCCGUUUGAUUCAUGGAAGACUUGCUAAAACUCGGCUCAAGUAAUCAGCUUGACAGUGAAUGCUUCUUUCAAGUCAACACUUCCCUUGGCCAUAAAUAUUAAAGAAAGGGUAAUUUGUAACAUUCUUAUCUCAAUUGUAUAUUGAUGAUGAUUAACUCAAAUGAAGGGGCUUUAUAUUAUAGCUUUUUUAUUAUUUUUCUUUUUUAAUUGUAAAUCAACAGGAUUGUCUUUUACAUGAUGUAUAUUGUGAUUGUGUAAUAAUUUUCACAAAAUGUAAACUGAAGUUGCUAUAGAAGAAAUGUAGUUUUGGGGUGUUUUGCUUGUUCAA